CUUGGUGGAGCUAGAACCCGUGAGGAUCUGCACAUCGUCAAGGCUGGUGUUCAUGUUGUAAUUGGAACUCCUGGUCGUGUGUUUGACCUGUUUCGAAGAAAAUCUCUUCCUUCUGACGACAUCACGAUGUUUGUCCUUGAUGAUGCUGAUGAAAUGCUCUCCCAUGGUUGCAGGGAUCAGAUCUAUGACAUAUUCCAGUUUCUCCCACCUAAGACUCAGGUUGGAGUAUUCUCAGAAACGAUGCCACCAGAAGCUCUUAAUAUCACAAGGAAGUUCAUGAGCAAACCAGUGUCAAUCUUGGUGAAACGUGAUGAGCUCACACUUGAAGGUAUCAAGCAAUUCUACGUGAACGUGGAGAAGGAAGAGUGGAAGCUCGAGACUUUCUUUGAUCUUUGUGAGACUCUAGAUGUCACCAAGACUGUCACCUACGUCAACAGUCGUCGAAAGGUUGACUGGCUCACAGACAGAUUGAGAAGCCGUGACCACACAGUCUCAGCAACUCAUAAAGACAUGGACCAAAACACAAGAGACAUCAUCAUGAGAGAAUUCAGGUCUUUUUCAUCUGCUAUUCUCGUCACAACCGAUCUCUUGGAUCGUGGUAUUGAUGUGCUCCAGAAAGUCUCUCUGGUCAUAAAUUAUGACCUCCCAACUAAGCCGGAGAAUUACCUUCACCGUAUCGGAAGGAGUACUGGAAAGAUCGGGAGAAAGGGUGUUACAAUUAACUUUGUGACUGUUGACGAUGAAACAAUGCUGUUUGAUAUUCAGAAAUUGUACAAUGUGGACGUUGAGGAGCUGCCUGAAAACGUGGCCGAUUUGCUGUGAAGAAGAAGAAAGGUUACUUGUUUGUAUCACUAGCUAUGUUUCUGUCAGAUUUGUUCCCCUUUUUCUUUAUUUUGCAGGGUAUGAGUUAGUGAUCACUUUUUCUUUUGAUCACUUUAGUUGGGUAGAUGAUAUGGUUUUUGACGCUUUACUAGGUCUGACCCCGCAGUAUACUGCAGGAUAAUGUUUUUUUUCAUAUGAUAAAUUUUGAUUUAUUAUGUAUUUUCUAAUUUUAAUAAUA